AUGCAGCCUGAUAUCGCAUUUGCUGUCAGUGAUAUGCCAUUUACUGCAGCCCCGCACUCGCAGAAACGCUUGACUAAAAGCAUCGAGCGCAGUGCGGCUUGGCUCGCAGAUCUGUUGCGUCCUGUUGAAAACGUGAUAGAUGACUCACUCACGGAGUCAACUCCUGCUACUUUGAAUGUCUUCGUGCAUCUAGCUGGUGGUACUUCGACCUCCGCAAGGAGAGCCUUCUCGCACAGCCUCACGGAGACUCUUCAUGGGCUGAAAGCAAACGCCGUGAAACCACUGCUAUGUUUGGACGAAGGAGUAGCUGGGUAUUCAUUUGACCUAGCCGCCCUUCAUGUUAGACCAGCUCCUCUCUCGACUCCCAACGAUCGGGGCGGAGGCAUCGAAAUCGCAGAACACUCUUCGAUUCUACAGAACUCAGAAUCAUUAGCUCGAACGCCAACACCUAAUACAGCUGUUACACCCACAUCGCUCUCAUCCGGCAUGAUUGAGCCUCUUUCCUUCUUCUCCCUGGCCCCCACAUUGGAUGAGCUCCUCUGCGCAUCGUUAGAUCCCCUCCCAAUCGCAAAGCCACGCCUUGUCACAGAUGUUCGAUCCCCUCACCUAACACUCCCUCUCAAACGCAUAUCAGACGCAGCUGCGGCCUCACUUGGGGGAUUUAUUGUCCUCACCGUCGAUGUGCUCAAGCCUAGCUCGAAUACUAGUGCCAAUGAGAGCCUCGGAUUUAGAAUUCAAUGUGUGGACACGAUCUCUCGUGGAACCUCACACGUUUUCAUAGAUUUUCAGAGAGGAAUCGCAGAAUUCAAUCAUCUGAACGACUUUUAUCUAAAGGAGAUCUCCUGGGGCAACAUGAACACGAUGCAAUACAGAUCAUUCAAACUCAAGAAAUUGAUACAUGAGGCUCGUUAUGCCUUUCGCUAA